AUGAUGCAUAGCUGUGGCAAUCUAGACGGAGCACUUCUCGAGAAGAAAUGGAGCCACGAGAACGGUGUGGAGGGGAAUCGUCGACGCGUAGGGUUGACCGGCAAGGUUUGCUGGAAGCCCAACGAGGGUCAUUCUAACAAAGUCAGCACCAUGAGCUGCAUCGUUACUCCAGUGGGUCAAGUUGAGUGCGGUAAAAGUGUCAAGACCAUCUUCAAGUUGGGAUGCUCAUCGAAGAAGGGCGAUGUGGCAUCGAGUUGGACGGGAGGUCCUUCCCGGACCGUUCCCAACGAGGAUUGA